CGCCGCUGCUGCUCCUGAUCUCGGUCCCGAUUUUGGUCCCGCUCCGUCCCGCCGCCAUGCCGUUCCUGGGGCAGGACUGGCGCUCCCCCGGGCAGAGCUGGGUGAAGACGGCCGACGGCUGGACGCGCUUCCUCGACGAGAAGAGCGGCGGCUAUGUCGGCGACAUCAGCAGCUUUUGUAAAAAGGACGAUCACAACAAAGAGAAUCUCUUCAACAGCCUGAACUAUGAUGUUGCUGCCAAGAAGAGAAAAAAAGACCUGCUGAAUAAUAAAGCCAAGAUUCAAUAUUUCCACCAGGAGAAGUGGAUCUAUGUUCACAAGGGGAGCACAAAAGAGCGCCAUGGUUACUGCACCUUGGGAGAAGCCUUCAACCGACUUGACUUCUCCAGUGCUAUCCUGGACUCCAGGCGAUUCAACUAUGUCGUGAGGCUGUUGGAGCUGAUAGCAAAGUCUCAGCUGACGUCACUGAGUGGCAUUGCCCAGAAAAACUACAUGAACAUUUUGGAAAAAGUGGUGCAGAAAGUCCUUGAAGAUCAGCAGAACAUCAGGCUAAUACGGGAAUUGCUGCAGACCCUCUACACAUCCCUCUGCACAUUAGUUCAACGGGUCGGCAAGUCUGUCCUGGUUGGAAACAUCAACAUGUGGGUGCACAGGAUGGAGAGUAUUCUCCACUGGCAGCAGCAACUGAACAACAUUCAGAUCACCAGGCCUGCCUUUAAAGGAACGACUUUCACAGACCUGCCGUUGUGUUUACAACUGAACAUCAUGCAGCGACUGAGUGAUGGGAGAGACCUGGUUAGCCUUGGUCAGGUGGCUCCUGACCUGCAAGUGCUCAGCGAAGACCGGCUGCUGUGGAAGAAACUCUGCCAGUACCACUUCACGGACAGACAGAUUCGCAAACGGCUAAUCUUAUCUGACAAGGGACAGCUGGAUUGGAAAAAGAUGUACUUCAAGCUCAUAAGGUGUUACCCACGGAAGGAGCAGUAUGGUGACACACUGCAGCUGUGCAGGCACUGCCACAUCCUCUCCUGGAAGGGUACUGAUCACCCUUGCACAGCCAACAACCCGGAGACUUGCUCCACCUCUCUUUCGCCGCAAGACUUUAUCAACUUGUUCAGGUUCUGAACUUGGGUCACCACAGCUUACGCGAUUCUUACAGGACGCUUUAUGCCACUGAGCUUGGACACUCCAUUUGUAAAUAGUGUAAAUAUUCACGUUUGCUCGAAGCUCCUGAGUCAAGGAACAAGAGGAUCUCGGAGAUGAAAGGUGAAAUUGCUCACUGAUGCGCAGCACUUAAGGAAUACAGACUUCCAUAGGACUGGUGUAUAAAUGCAGCAGGUUGUACAGAGUCCCUUUUUUAUGAUCAGAGUACAAGAUACAGGGCAAAAAACUUCAUUUUUUUGUUUUUAGAAAUUAAAAAUGAAUUUGCCCCGCAACCAUUUGAGAACUCUUUUGGUUUGUUUCUAAUAGAGAGCAAGCAAUAUGAGGCUAGGACUGUUGAGCCGUUCCUCCAUCUGGUUUUAUUUAGCAUACGUAUUUAUAAAUAUGACGUUUUAAAAAUAUUUAUGAAAAAUAUCCCUGUGACAAGUUUAAUAAUACUUUUGUUUUAAAAGACACAUUCUGAAAUACUUAGGAUAGAACUCUAGCCUAUUUGCGAGAGAGAAUUGCAAGAUACCACUUUCUACCUCUAAUAGAUUGAGUACCUUUCAAACAAAAAUCCAGUGUACAAUGUGAACUUUUGUAUUUUGUACAAUGAUUUAAAGGGAAAUGUUUGUGAUAGUAAGCAUCUUUUCUUGUAUUAAUGCUUACCUCUUUACAUUAGUUUUCUUGCUCUACUCAGUGCUUGAAUGCCUAGACGAUAGGCAUCAUAUAAAUACCUAAGACUUUACUCCAUCCUCUUUUAAUUUGUUGGUUUUAUGAAAGACUAAGCAAAAGGGAAAAGAGAAGCCACAAGGAUGAAGAUUACCUAAAAGGGAGGAAGUUCUAUUAUAGAGAAACAAAGGACUGGAUUUAAUCUCACAAGGUAAAUUCGUAUCAACUCCACUAGGUUAAGUGCAUUGGUUGAAAUCCCAAGUGAGGUUAGAAUCUGGUUCUUCAAGCCCAUGUUUUCCAACAUAUACACUGCUCUGUAUUCCCACUGCUGUCAAGUGAAUUCAGUCAUCUUGGAGCUGGUAAAAUAUAGGGAGAACUAGGCCAUUGAAUCUAGUGAAAUGAUGCAGUUUUUAUUCACUGGAAGACUGGCAGCAUCACGUUUAAUUUCAGACUACUGGAGUUUAGGGUGAUGAGUGAGACAGCAUGAAGAAAUCGGUCAGCAUUUUCCUAAAAACAGCAGUCAGGCCUGGGGUCAGCAAGGGAUUUCCAACAUGGCACUUGACAUCUUGGGUUAUUUCUCCAUGCCAGUGGCAAAGACCCAGCCUAGUCCCUUCUGCUUCCAGUGCUGAGCUUCUUUAUGGGAUCUUCUAACACUAGCUUAGAGCUAAAUUUUUAGUCCUAUGGAGUAAGUGGCCAAACUAACUUCACUGUGGCCAUGAUCUGGCUCACCGUCUCCUCUGUUGCAUACAAUGCUUCACUUUUCCCUACAGUGGAGCUAGAAGAAUCCAGCUCGUAUAUAACAAUUUGAAAACCUGCAGUGGAAAGUUUUUGCUGUUUGCCCAUAGAUUUCCUGUAUAGCACUUUCUCUGUGCACGAUGUAAGCAGGAUACCUCGGAAGGGUAAAUAUUUAGUGGGUUGUGUGUGACUAUGUACAAAGAAUUGCGAGGAAGAGGAGUACUCAGGACAAUUCAGGAAGAACUACUUGAGUUAAUUAUUGUUAAAUAUUCUGUUCCUUUUUUUACAUUUUUAUAACACACUUUUCUGCAGCUGUUUAUAUUUUUAAAAAAAAUUGACAGUAUUUGCAUUUUUGCAAACUAAAUCACUUUGCAUACUCUUGGAAGAGACGCAAAAAGGGAAAAAAGCUGCCUCUAGAUGGAGCAGUGGGGAAGGGGGGAGAAAAACCAGGAAAAUGCUGACAAGAACUGCUCUUCUCCUGCCUUCCAACAGCAAACCCAAGCUUUUGUUGUUCCAGAGAGCUCUGUGAGCCUGUGCCACCCUUAGCCAUGGCCCAGAGCUUGGCACUCUCCAGAGAUGAGGAGAAAACACGUCCAGGAUAGGGAGCUUUAUCUUGGUGUUGAUGCCCCAUCCAUCAGUUUGACUGCUGGUGGAAAGCAUAAGCCUGCUGAUGGUAUUCAUGUCAACUGAAAGUGAUUUAAAAGCUGUUACCUUGGAAAAAUGAACUUGUGCUUGUUUGGGGGGAUGUUUGUGAGUGAAGGAGGCCAGUUUCUGUUUUCAUUCCCGCAUUGAUGGCAGCAGGUAGACGAGGCUGAAAUCUGGCUCAGUGAAAGAGGACAUUAAGGACAGAAACCUGCAAGUGAAGUGAGUGAAGCAUUGCCACUGUAUUUGGAGAUUCUUACAGCUCCUUUUUCUAGCAGUGAGAGGACCCAUGCCCCUUGGCAUCUUCUGUUUCCAGCUCUGACUUGGGGUUGGUUUGUUUUGUAGUCUUGCCUCUGCCACCUAUAGUGAGCCAACCUGUUGUGAUGGGGAGGCAACAGUAUUUUGGUAUGAAAUGCUGGGGGGUUCUGCCUAGUCUGAGUCUCUGCUUAGCAGAUGACACUUAUCCACUGUGAGAUUGUGACACUGCGUGAAUUUUAAGCUCAGGUUUUAAUCUGGCCUAGUGCAUUCCCUGCACAGCAAGACAGAAAAUCUCAGUGUUUAGCUGUGAUUUGGGAAUGUCUCAGCUCUAGCCAUUGCCUCUAUCAGCCCUUCACUGGACUUGAGCAAAGAGUUUAUUCUGUGUCCUCUGCCCAGAGAGCAUGGGUCAUGCUGACAACAUACUUAACGUGCAACUGAGGCUCCUAUUUAUAAAACUUACUUCAAUUAGUGGUGGUGGUGGUUUUUUUUUAUUUCUUAGCACUGUGUAAUCUUAAAGGGUCAAAGUGCUGAAGAUGAUUUGUUAAUACAUACGGACACUUGUGUGUUGCUCAUGUGAGGUACUGGGAUAUUGCUGUCAGUGUCCAAAGCAGCAGAAAACCAAGCAACUACUGUACUGGAGAACAAAAUGGACUAAACAAAAAGAAACAGAAUAAGCCUCAUUCAGUUACUGCCUCAGUCAUUACCCUCACCCUCCUGCUACAGCAACUGUCGAAUAAGACCUUGAUCUCUUUGGGAGACUCAUUGUUUCUUGAGUGGCUGGUACAGGGAGAUAUUGUGGUGAAUUCAGUACUCUUGUAUUUAAAAUGAAAUGCUGUUGCAUCCAAAUACCUUAGUCUCACCACUUAUAAACAAAGCGAUCGUUAUUUUAGCAGUGCAAAGGCAUCUGCUUGGCUGAGGAUGGCAGAGUAACAAAACUGACAGUGAUAACAGGGGCUUCCAGGCAGGAUGGUUUAAGGCUGCUCUCGUGCAAAAAGGACUUCUUUUAUUUUAAGACAAUUGUGGCAAAGCUGUUAUGAAGGGAAAACAGAUUUUUACUUGUAUUUUGGAAAUAGAACAUUCUUUUCAAACGACAUUUCACCUUCCAGUUAGUUGAUGCAUUCCCAUUAGACAUGCAUCAGUUCUUAUACUAGGAAAGGAGGUUUUUUUCUGUCUUCGGGUUUUUCUCCUGCCAGCAUAUCCAGAGAAAUCUCAUUAUCUUCAGAGGAUGUGUUAACCAGUGCAACAGUGUAGAACGUGGUGCUGUGAAGAGGAAAAAUAGAUCCAUGCAGGGGAGGAGGCUUAGGAAGGGAGAGAUCCCAGAGAUCUCUCUUUCAGCUUUCUAGAAGAGGCAGGUAUUUGGAGUUCGUUUUAAUGUGAUAGCUACUUCAAGAGGCACAAUUUCAGCUGUACAUACCUUAAGCCAUUUAUACUAACUAUGGUAUGAUAAAGUUUGAUCAUAAAAUGUGUGUACCUCCUCUUAUAUUGUUUGGGUUUCUUUUUUUAAUUGUGGGAGUUUCUAGAUCCUUUUAUUUUGUAAAGUGAUUAGGAAAACUUGUAUUGCUCUGAAGACAUUGCUUUGUAUGUAAACCUUUAAUUGCACCCUGCCACUUUCUGUAUAUGGGAAUAUCUUUUUUAUUACUUUUCUUUGCCCCCAGGUUUUGAACUGUUUGUGUUCCCAUUUCUGUUUGACUUCAAUUAUUCUUGUGAAGCUAUCACCUUCUAGAACAUGUGCAGGUACUAAAUCAGCUUUUCCUGCCCAGAAAAUUCCUUGGCCCUUAAUAGCUAAAAUUUGAUUUAGAGCAGGAACAUUCAAAUUCUGUUAUGUAGCUAAUAAAUCAGAUGUGCUGUUUCACGCUUAUCUCCUGCUCGGUACAGCAAACCAGUGUUGUCCUCUGCGGUUGUUCUUACAAACCCGUUGCACAGCUUCCCCAUAGAUCAGCACCUUGCCAAAAAGACAUAGCUUUAAACUAAAAUGCCACUCUUCCUAGCUGGCCUGUUUGCAAAAACAUAGACCCCGUGGAGCUGAUGGCUGAUGAGGUUGAUAAAGACUCCCUGUUACAAGGUUUGGGACUCUGGUGUUCUGCUUGUGCUGCUUUUCUCGGCUCAUUGCUUAUAAUGAUGCUUGUUAAAGGCUCUGAAGACAUGGCCAGCCAUCCGCACAGCUGUCAGCGUGUGGCUGCUGGGCUGUGUGAGUGUCUCUGCCGGCACCCGAUUUCUAUCCCACGUCUUCCUCCACUGAUUUCGUUGGUAGCAAAUCGGCUUUGCAGGAUCUGGCCCUAGGGAGAACAAAUCCAUCUUGUCCUUGACACAUGCAGUCUCUAGCAUAUUAAUACCUUGAACACCAGAGAGAUUCUCCCUCCAUUGACCAAGCAUUGCUGCUUCUCCUCCUGGGAGGGCAACUGAGGGUGGAACUCGCAUUUCUUUAGCCAUCGUGUGCUGCACAGAAUGCUAACAGGUCUGCUACUGAGAGAACAUUUUAAUUUGAAAUAGCAAAUACGCUCAUCUUUAGGAACUAACUUACAGUAAUUAUAAAUACCUACUUAUAUAUGGAAGAGAGCGUGUGUUCUGUUUUGUUUUUCCUUAAAGUUGUAACUAGAGAUGAUAUGAAGUGAAAGGCAUCCCUUACAUAAGACUUUUGUUUAAUAUUGUGUGGUUAAAAUCCUUCCAUUAUAAAUUUGCACACUUUUUUCUUCCCUUGCAUGUUCAACUCUGAUUUUUACAGCUGUUCUGUGCAGACAGUAAUGUAUUUUUGUAAAACAUUUUUGACACUGAAUUGCAAUAAAUGUUCAAACAAUGUGAACCACA